CGGGUGGCGGCGACUGCUGCGGGUGUGCGCUGCGUGCGAGGAGGGCGGGGGCCAGCUGUCCUGUGUGUCAUGCCGCCGCUCCUGCCACACGCUGUGUCUGCGGCCGCCCUUCCUGAGCCCUGCCGACAUGCCGCCGGGCCAUGUGUGGAGGUGCGGACAGUGUGGGGCGGACAAUGCGACGGCGGAGGCUCAGCGGGGGCCCGGAGGGGGAGCAGGAGGAAGAGCAGGAGGAGCGGCGGCGGCGGCAGGAGCAGGCGGGGAGGAGGCGGAGGAGGGCGGCGGACGCAAGGGCCGCACAGAGGAUAUGGAGCGGAUGGGUCUGACCCCCGACUGGAUCAUUACUGCGGGCGCAUUCUCCGUCUUCCAGCUGCCGCGCCCCACCGCCUCCCACCCCUUCAUCCGCGGACUACUGGACCCCUGCACCAACUCCAAGUCCCACCCCAAUAUCCCCGCUGAGGUGCUGUACGACAAGCACGACGACGGCCUGUGCCUCUCCAACCCCUGGUCCGGCUACUACGUCAUCCUCAACCCCGAGUUCACCAGCCAGACGCAGUGGCGCUUCGUGAACCGCGCCAUUGACGAGGUGGAGGGCGGCGAGGUGCCCGGGGUGCUGCUGGUGUGCCGCAACUCCACGGACACCGCGUACUUCCAGCGGCUGAGGCCCUACCCGCGGGUGAUGCUCAGAAGGACCAGUGCCCGCUUCAAGGACUACGACAAGACGCCCAUCGGGUUCGGAGUGGCGGUGUUUUGCAUCGCCGCGGCGGGGCCGCAGCGGGCGCCGCUGUACCAGCGCUUCGUGGACGCGUUCGGGGACUGGGGCGAGCCCAACAUACCCAUUGACAGCGCCUUCGUGUCCUCUCCUGUCUUCUGCCAGCUGCUGGAGCGGCUGACGCAGCACGCCACCCGCCACCUGCGGGACAACUGGGUGCAGUGCAGCGCGUGUAGCAAGUGGCGUAUCGUGUCGUACGAGGUGUUUCAGCGGCUGGAGGGCGACACGGACGAGGAGGCGCAGUGGACGUGCGCGCAGCUGGGGAGUGGCGGAUGCGGGCGAGCUCAGACCCGGGCGGAGGCGGAGG